GAUGAUGAUGUAUCUAUAGAUCAAAAGAAAACAUUAUCUUUUGGUUUCUGCAAUAAAAGGGUUUUAACUUGGUACAUUGUUCAAAUCUAUCUAUAUAUAUAUAUACUAAUAAAAUAGAAUUUUCUCUCUUCUCCUACUGCCACAUCAGCACAUAGCAUAGGGCAAAUUAUGACACAUGUCCUCUCUCUUUUUAAAUACUCUCGAUGUUGUGGCCCUUUAUAAUUUUGUCAUCAAUAUGAGGCUACUAUAUUUGUAAACGGACUCGGCCUUAUAGGGCUAAAUUUAUCAGUUUUUUUAAUUGGAGUCGACAGUAAGCUCUGUAAUUCUUGGUGACGUAUUCCUUCUAAAGGCCUGUAAAACUGAUGAUCUUCUGGGUCGGUUUGUUUCCUCGAUGAGCAACGUAUCGUCGUCCCGGCAGGGCAGUGUCGUCAGACUGUUGUUGUCACAAGGGUUUUGCGUUUUUUGGGAGGCACAUGAUGUCAAGAAGGGAGAUGAGCCGAUGGGUGUCGAUAUGGUUUUGGUCGAGGAGAAGUCUACUAUUAAUCAUACCUCUAUUAGCGUCCAUCGCCUAAAUACGCUCCUCAGAGAAGGGGCCGUUUCUGAGAAAAAAAAUAAUCUUUGCAAAGCUUGCCUCUCGUAUGAAAGCAAGAUUCUCCCUCAAAACUUUUCUCGGGUUGAUUGCUGCUUUAUGGAGAGAUCUCUUGGACAGCUUUAUUCCGUGAGUAUUUGACAGAGAUCGAUAUGCUGUCUCAGUUUAGACACAUGCACCUGCUUCCUUUAAUCUGAAACUGCAAUGAGGAACAUCAAGAUGAUCAUGGUGGGCGAGUAUAUGGAAGAGGGAACACUUAAGAACAUAUGUAUGACUUGGAUAACCCAAGGUGAGCUGCAGACAUAAGCUGGAGAUAUGCGUUGGUGCAGCUAGAGGGGAUCACUAUCUCCAUACAGGUUCCGCAAGAGCCAUCAUACACAGCGAUGUGAAGUAUGCUAAGUGCUAACAUUUUCUUGGAUGAGAACUUCAGGGCCAAAGUUGCAGAAUUUGGAUUGUCUGAGACUGGUCCGUAUCUUGACCAGACACAUGUGAGUACGACGGUGAAAGGAAGCUUUGCUUAUCUUGAUCCAGAGUACUUGACCAGACAACAACUGACUGGACCAGUCAUUUUUGUGAUGUGAUUCUUAAGGUACUCUGUGGGAUACCAGUCAUUGAUCCAUAUAUUUCAAGAGAGAAAGUGAAUUGAUCGAAUGUGCCACAAAGUUGGUGAAGAAAGCAAAGGUAGUAGAUCAUGGACCAAUUUUUUGAUGGCAAAGUAAAGCUUGAAAAGAUUAAGAAGCACUGUGAGUUAACAGAGAAGUGUUUGGUCCAAAACAGGAUUGAGAGGCCAAGAAUGGGAAGUUAUUUUGGAACCUAGAGUUUAUGCUUCAGGUCCAAGUGAAAGACGAUGAAACAGCAAUAUUGCAUGCUUAUCCAAAGGCUAGCAUUGUGGGAUCAAUGGUGGAUUUUAGUGUGGAUCGAAUUGGAUAUUUGGCAAGGUGUCUCAAUGAGUUAAGUUUUGUGGAAAGAAAAGACACUAGAUAAAAAAAGAUCAAAUAAGAGUUUCUAAAUUACUAUAGUGUUGUUUGUACAAGAGGGAGGAGAGACCACAUUACUUUUUUAUAUCCGUUGCUUACAUAUUAUUGUUAUAUUUUCUAAAGAUUUAUUUGCAUAUAAGCUCUUUAGUGUUGUGUAAAAA